UUCAGUCUCACAUCGCAACUGUUUCUUUUCUCACUUGAGCAAUGGCGAAUCUUUCUUAUAUUCUCUGCUUCUUCUUCUUCACUCUUUGCCUUACUUCUCCAGUUCUCUCUCGGGUGAUCUCAGAAAACCCAAGAACGACGUCGCUCGAUAUUCCGUCCUCGAUACACAAAACACUCACUGUGUUCUCCCCCCUCGGUUUUCAAGCCGAGAAGUCAGUUGAAAGUCAGAAAUGGGAGUUUUCUUCUCCGUCUGCGUUCUCUCUUCCGCUACAUUCUCGAUUGGCUGUUCGGGGAACCUCGGAGAGAGAUUACAAGUCGCUAACUUUGGCUCGACUCGAGCGUGACUCGGCCAGAGUACAGUCGCUUCAGACUCGGCUAGAUCUGGCGGUUAACGGGAUAACGAAGGCGGAUCUGAAGCCUAUGGAGAUGGAGCUCGAGGAUGAGAAGCUGGAGGGGCCCAUUAUCUCCGGAACGAGUCAGGGUAGCGGUGAGUAUUUCUCCCGAGUUGGAAUCGGUCACCCGGCGAGUGAGGUUUACAUGGUGCUCGAUACUGGGAGCGAUGUGAACUGGCUUCAAUGCGCUCCUUGCGCCGAUUGUUACCAGCAGGCCGACCCGAUUUUCGACCCGGUUAAGUCUUCUACAUACUCGCCUCUGUCAUGCGACACCAAGCAGUGUCAAUCGUUGGACGUUUCGGAGUGCAGGAACAAUACGUGUCUGUACGAGGUGAGCUACGGCGACGGGUCGUACACCGUCGGCGAUUUUGUGACGGAAUCCGUAACCUUCGGCGGGUCGGCUGCGGUGGAUAACGUUGCAAUCGGGUGCGGACAUAGUAAUGAAGGGCUGUUUGUUGGAGCGGCGGGAUUAAUUGGGCUCGGCGGCGGCGCAUUGUCGUUUCCUUCUCAGAUUAAAGCCUCCUCCUUCUCAUACUGCCUCGUGGACCGUGACUCCGACUCGACCUCAACUCUCGAGUUUGACUCGGCCACCCCUCCUGGCGCGGUCACUGCUCCGUUAAUCCGCAACUCGAAGCUGGACACAUUCUACUACGUGGACCUGACGGGGCUGAGUGUCGCCGGGAACAUGCUCCCCAUCUCCACCUCCGCUCUGAAGCUAGACGAUAACGGUGACGGCGGGGUGAUCGUGGACUCGGGAACGGCGGUGACCCGGCUGCAAACAGACGUGUACAACUCCCUCCGCGACGAGUUCGUUAAGGGGACGCGUCACCUGCCGUCAACAAACGGCGUGGCCUUAUUCGACACGUGCUUCGACUUGUCAAAGAAGAAGAGCGUUGACGUGCCAACGGUGUCGUUCCACUUCUCAAACGGGAAAGAGUUAGCGUUACCGGCUAAGAACUACCUGAUUCCGGUGGACUCGUCAGGGACGUUUUGCUUGGCCUUUGCUCCGACGUCGUCUUCGCUGUCGAUCAUAGGGAACGUACAGCAACAGGGGACACGUGUCACUUUCGACCUUGCCAACUCCCUCAUUGGAUUCUCAUCCAAUAAAUGCUAGAAGCCAAGCCACAAUAUUUAAUUUCUUAGUUCUUGGCACUAUUUAGUAUUUGUAUUUGUAUUUACCCUCUGAAUUUACUUGCUUGUGGGUCCAACCUCACAAGUGUAACGUGACAGGUUUUGGAGAAUUUUAGAGCAUGUUUGGUGUAUAGUACAAGUUAUUUAUUGCCGUUAUGAGGGUAUUAAUGGAAACAUGCCACAAUGUAACCAACUGCUACUAUUAUGGCCGGAUACCAUUAUUUUGUG